AUGAUGCGGCGAGACAUUGAUGACGGGGUAUACAACUCUCUAUCCUGGGCCUGCUACUUUGGCGACGUGGCCAUCGGGAGACGGUGUUUGGAGAUGGGUGCUUCCCCAGAUGCCGCCUUUCUCCUUGAUCCGGACCGGCGUCUUCUUCCCUUCCAGAAAAAACCAAAUUGGCCUGACACAUAUGAGCGUGGUUUGACCGGCUACUCCUACGAGGUCACAGUCCAUCCGACCAGGAAACUCGGCGGCAUCCCGAUAUUCUAUCAGUCCGAGUGCUCAUCCUGCAGUGCCCUCAGCCUGGCGACCAGGAGGGAUCAUGUCGGAAUGGUCAAGCUCCUGCUCAGUUACGGCGCCAAAGUUAUCGAGAGACGUCGCCCAGGUACCGAGCCAGAUGACUUCCCCACCCGCCAUCUAUCCGAGUGGCAUGGGUUCCAGGGGGCAGGCGAAAACUACUCCCACGAGGCCGUCAUAAGCCAUGUCCGAUCUAUCGAGGCGGCAGAGGCCCUGCUAGGAGCCGGCGCGGGAAAGCAUAUCAACCAUACAGGUGCAGACGGAUAUACGCCGCUGGAGACACUUCUCUCCUCCUGCAGCAUAUACAGUAACAGCCUCCGGCCCGGUUUAACGGAAACCCAGCUUCAUGCGCUCGUAGAGCUGUUUCUCCAGAAUGGGGCCAAGACGGCCCGGGUGAACCGAAACACCGGCUGUAUGACCGGCGCCCUUGCCACCGGUUACCUGAGCGUUGUCAAACUCAUACUCGAACAUUACCCGGGUGCGAUGGACGAGCAACACAGACAGGUCCUUAACCUAGUAGUCAGCACUAGUGAUCUUUUCGACUAUGGAGAUCGCUGUCCCAUCGACCGUGACAGGCUUUUUGGUGUACUACUUGAUGCUGGCCUCUCCCCAAACACGUCUCUUGAUGAUGCUGGGCCUCUCUUGCACACCACUCUCCAACUCGGUAGAUAUCGGGCAGCUCAAAUGCUUCUGGACAGAGGGGCCGAUCCAAACUUCACCAAUGCCUGGACCGUCAGCCCUAUAACGAAGGUCCUGUGUCAAUGUGCGGGGCCAACUGACUUUGAGAACGAGUUCAUCAUUCCCCUUGUGCGAGCCGGCGCUGAUGUCGACCAGCCCUCUCUACGCCCUGGGGGCUUCACCCCCUUGAUGUUUGCAGCUUCUGACAUGGUUUCGGACAGGAUAUUUCUGGACCUUCUUGCCCUUGGUGCUGACCGCGGAGCCGUCCGCCGACUUUCUCUAGAGUAUCCUCCAAUGUCGGUUGUCCAGUGCCUGCUGCUGGGAUCCCCCCCAACAAACUUCGACUGGGAUGGCAUCGAGCACAACAGCUCCCUCCAGGCGACUUUUCAACCACUGCACAAUGACCACGAGGCUGAGGUCACCACCGACUCAUUCUGGUGGGAUCGACGCUGCGCCAAGUUUACCUCUCUUUUUGCCAAUGCAGAGCCUCCAGAGUUUUACACACCUGACGGACGGCACUAUCUCCACUGGGCCAUCGAUAACCUCUACUACACGAACCUGGAAUGGGCGGUAGAUAUGCUUCUCCCAGCUUAUCGUGCGAAUCUACGGUCUUCGAACGACGAAUGCCCUUUUUGGAGGCUCUUUAGUGUUACAAAAGUUGAGAAGUACCUUGCCUUUGGCACUUUGUAUCAGACACUCCGCAUCACAGAGAAGCUGGUCAACCAGGGUAUAUCUCUGAAGGAAACCGAGGCAGGCGAGACGAUUCUCCACCGGGUGUGCCGCCUCUACCAGGGCAUGCCCGACCACGCAGUUCUGGAAAAGGCGGUCAGCCUCGGACACCGUCUCGACUUUGGCGGAGACCUGACGGACAGAGCCAGAGAGUGGACCGACCAGCUGCACGCGAAGAUGAGCGACAGGUUCACCUCGACGACGCGCAGCUGGACGCGUGUGCCCAAGCCGAAGCACCUGGGCCGGUACAUGAACUGUCGGCUUCGCAUUAUCGCCUUCAUCGUUGAGCUAUUUAUGAGACAGGGCGUCGAUCUGUAUUCUGAGGAUAGGGGUGGCAAAACCGCUUUCGAGGGUAUCACAGAUGACCGGAUAUUGAAAUGGAUUCCGAAGGAGCUGAGAGACUUGGAGAAGGAGGCAGAAAUCAAGUCUAAGAGGGUCAUCUCCCCCUCGAACCAUGUACCAGUCGCGACCCCGAGUCCCCCAUAA